AUGUGUAAGGGCUUGGGCUGGGUUGAUGCGGCGAGUUUGACCCAUUGUAUUGCUUUUCCUCGUCCGCAUCGUCCACUUCCUCUGCGUUGGCACUUCGUGUUUGCUUUUCCCUCCAAGUCCCGGUGGCGGUGGAAGAAGUUUUCUGCCACUUGUAUUCCUUUCGUUCACCGUUCUUGUGGUCUGGACGGGCAUCAAGGCCACCGUAAGAACAAGAAGCAAGAAAGGGACCAUGGCGCUGGCACAUGUGCCCGACGUGGAUAUCCGUACGGAGCACCGCAUAUUGAGGUUACCACGUUAUUGGGACCGACGGGCGGUGCUGCUGGCGGACCGCGGCAGGGCCCCAAGGGGGCAUAUUGCUACAUGUCGGCGGAGAUUCAUUCGCUGGCGUGUCAUAUUGCAUGCUUUUCUGCAUUACUCGAGUGCCGGCCCCGAAUAGGUGAAGGAGGCCCAAUUCCCAAGGAACGGUUCGAAAGUCGAAGGUCCCAUGGUGGCAUGGAGAGUGUUGCAGGAAGAGGAGUUCCUGAGAACAGGGCCGGCCAAAACAUCGCGUUGCUUGUGGACAUGAUGUUCAAUAAGGAGCCCCUUGCCCUCUUUGAGACUUGCAACACUGGGUACGUGUUCGUACGGACAGGUUUGGGAGGGAAAGACCCGCUGUUCGGUUGUCGGUUCGUGGCUUCCGGUGCAGGGCAGCAGGUCGCCCAGUCACCAGUCCACCACGCCCAGGAAAGGAAGGCAGGCACGACGGGAAGUCCCUGGCUGUGCAGGUACGUCUCGACUCCCACUUUCCAAUGGAAGAAGGCAUGCCGCACAAGUUCCCAAACCCCAAUUCCCAGAUCCCAGGGUGAGGGCAAUGAGGCUCCCCUCUCUUCAUCUCGUCACCCCUCAAAGCCUCAAACCAAUCCCAGCAAGACUCCAGCGGCAAACACGGCGGAAUCGACGGCCAACCGGGGAACUGGAAAUCAAAUACAAUUGGAAGGUCUGGAAGUCGUCAAGAAGCCGCGCUAUGUGCAAGAAUCUUCCCUUCAAACUUGGCGUUGGGACCUCCGGUUCGUUGCUACUCAAGUGUCGAACUCUCUUGCUGACGAGACACAGACGGCGUUUCUCCAAUGUGUCUCGACCGGCGUGCGAAUCAUCUCCGUCCAUCCCGUGCAAUCCACAACGGGACCGCGCAUCGCCCGUCUCCCCCCAUCGCAAUUCCAGACCUGA